CCCGGCCCAUUUGCUGCGCGGCGCUAAGCCGCUAUCCCACCAACCCCGGGCGCGGCGCCGCCAGAAGCCAACUACCACCGCGGCCAGCUCGGUCCAUAAAGCGCGCGGCCGGCCGGCAGCGCCAGCCAAGGGCAGCCAGCCAUGGACGCGGCCUCCUUCCUCUCCGUGGCGCUGGCCCUGGCGGCCCUCGUCCCCGUCUCGCUGCUGCUCCUGAACCGGCUCCUCUACGGGAAGCUGCCCCCGGGGCCGCGCCCCCGCCCCGUGGUGGGCAACCUCUUCGACGUGCAGCCGGUGCGCUGCCGCUGCUACCAGGAGUGGGCGCGCCGGUACGGCCCCAUCAUGACGGUGUGGCUCGGGCCGGAGCCGACGGUGGUGGUGUCCACGGCGGAGCUCGCCCGGGAGGUGCUCAAGACCCACGACCAGAGCCUCGCCGACCGCCAUCGCGACGUCUCCUCGGAGCGCUUCAGCCGCGGCGGCAAGGACCUCAUCUGGGCCGACUACGGCGCGCACUACAUCAAGGUGCGCAAGCUCUGCAACCUCGAGCUCUUCACGCCGCGCCGCCUCGAGGCGCUCAGGCCCAUCCGCGAGGACGAGGUCACCGCCAUGGUCGAGUCCGUGCACAGGGCCGUCACCGCGCCUGGCAAUGAAGGUAAGCCGUUGGUGGUGAAGAACCACCUCUCGAUGGUGGCCUUCAACAACAUCACGCGGCUGGCCUUCGGGAAGCGGUUCGUUAACGCGGCCGGCGAGCUGGACGAGCAAGGGCGCGAGUUCAAGGGGAUCGUCACCGACGGGAUCAAGAUUGGCGGGUCCCUCUCCAUCGCGCGGUACAUCCCGUGGCUGAGGUGGCUGGCCCCGGCCGACGACCAGGUCUUCAAAGCCCACGGCGACCGGCGCGACCGCCUCACCGUGAAGAUCAUGGAGGAGCACGCCAAGGCCCUCAAGCAGCGCGGCGCCCAGCAGCACUUCGUCGACGCGCUCUUCACCCUCAGGAAACAGUACGACCUCAGCGACGACACCGUCAUCGGCCUCCUCUGGGACAUGAUCACCGCUGGCACGGACACGACGGUGAUCUCGGUGGAGUGGGCGAUGGCGGAGCUGGUGAGGAACCCCAGGGUGCAGGAGAAGGCGCAGGAGGAGCUGGACCGCGUCGUCGGCCGCGACCGGGUCCUGCUGGAGACGGACUUCCCGAACCUGCCCUACCUGCAGGCCCUCGUCAAGGAGUCGCUCCGGCUGCACCCGCCGACGCCGCUGAUGCUCCCGCACAAGGCCAGCGCCGGCGUCAAGAUCGCCGGGUACGACAUCCCCAGGGGCGCCAACGUCAUCGUGAACGUGUGGGCGGUGGCGCGCGACCCCAAGGUCUGGGACGACCCGCUCGAGUUCCGGCCGGAGCGCUUCCUCCGGGAGAACAUCGACAUCAAGGGCGCCGACUUCCGCGUGCUCCCGUUCGGCGCCGGCCGGCGGGUGUGCCCCGGCGCGCAGCUCGGGAUCAACCUCGUGGCGUCCAUGCUCGGGCACAUGCUGCACCACUUCAGCUGGUCGCUGCCGGAGGGGACCCGGCCCGAGGACCUCGAGAUGAUGGAGACCCCCGGGCUCGUCACCUUCAUGGCCACGCCGCUCAAGGCCGUCGCCACGCCGCGCCUCGACAGGGAGGAGCUGUACAGGCGCGUGCCGUCCGAGAUGUGAGCAUGUGAGCGGCCUGCGGCCUGCGAUGCUGGCGCGCGUCUGCGUGUAGUUUUCCCGGUACCGGACGGGUUCGAUCGAAAGCCGAUGUCGUUGCAAAUUUGUGGGCCGUUAUUAGUAUCUCUUUUCUGGCGUUCUAGUUACAGGACGAGCAUUUGUGUACUUCAGAAUUUGCACGCUUCAUCUGUUUGUCAGGCAGGCAGUAAUUCAUAAUUUUUGCACCAAGAAAA